AGAGACGUCGAAAGUCUACAGAAGAGGUAGUCUAAAAUGCAAACACUUUGCAAUGGAUGUUUUGUGUAGGCCUAGGCCAUUUAGACUUAACCGGUGUAUUAUAUCUUAUAUUUCUAGCUUAUGAUGGCAUUUGUAAAUAUUUACGCAAUUCCUUAGAUUUAGAUGCCUUUAUUAGCUAAAGGUUGCUAAAGCAGCUCAGUUCGUGUGCAUAAUGGCUGACGAGGAGGAAACAAAGUUAAUGUCUCCUGUAGAGGAGGUAAUGGACAUAGAUGAAGAUUCAGCAGAAGAUGGAGAAGAAGAGGAAGAUGAGGAAGAUGAUGAAGAGGAUGAGGAGGAAGAUUUGGUGAAGGAAUUUUCAUUCCCUUCAUCUACUCCCCAAGAUACCAUAGUGUUUUCUCUAAGCGGAAAAACUCAUGUACCCAAAGGUGGUCUGGGGAAACCCCUAAACAUACGAAGAGGGCGAGGGCGACCAAGGAAAGGGGAUCUAGGGUAUGCAACACCACCUAAGCAGCCACCUGGCUUCAAAGUGAAGAAAUGGAAAGGGGCCCCUUUGCCUGGGUUCCUGAAUGACAUGGCCAAAGCCUUACAUAAGUCACCAAAAAAUAGCCCUCUUCGAGAGGACCUUGGGUUGAACAAGAGCCCAAGCCCCAUGCGUGAUUCUCCCCUACACAUCACCUCACCCAGCCAUUUUACCAUAACAAGUUCCUUGAUCAAUUUAACAGAAAUGGGUAUGAUUACUGUAGAGAAACCAUCUAUGCCAGCACCAGAAGAACCUCCCUACUUUCCUGAAAAAUGGCCAGGCAAAGUCUGUGCGCUAUGUAACUUACCAGAAAAAUCACAGCUUGGGCAGGGAGAAAUGCUGAGGCUUGUUUGUCCUGAUGGCUUCGAUCCUCGUAAAUCGUCUGCAUCUACACCUACCAGAGAUGGUAUGAUGAGCCCUUCUCAAGAAUCCAUUGGUAGCGUUGGGGAAUCGGAAAAGGAUAGCCCAGUUACUAGUGCUGGCGACAAAAGCCCUCGUAUGCUCAUUCCUCAAAGUCGUCGUAAAUACAUGUCAAAGCGGAAUAGUCUUCAGAAUAAUCUCAAUGAAGUACUUGAUGAAUUGAGCAUAGUUGGUUACGCCGAUGAAAUUGAUCAAACAUCUCUAUUUGAUGCAGGGGUGUACUACGCGCACUACAGCUGUGCUGUGUGGUCAUCAGGAGUUUCUCGCUCUGCUGAGGGUGCUUUGGAAGGUGUUGCCACAACAGUAGUAGACAGCGUGGGUCGCCGCUGUGCAUAUGUCAACUGUGGGAGAUUUGGGGCCAGUGUUGCUUGCCAGUUUGCAGGCUGUCCAAGACAUUUUCACUUGCCGUGUGCAGCUGCCUCAGGGGGAUUCCACUGUAACAAGACCCACACACUGAUUUGUAACCUGCACCUAGAUCAAGUGCCUCUCCUGGGUGUUGGCGAUGUCUCGUGCAGAAAGUGCAACACACUGGGAGAUGUUUCAAAUUUAACCAUGUGCAGUGCGUGUGGUAGCCAUUACCAUGGUGCUUGUGUUGGAAUGGCUCUUCUUCCUGAAGUGCGGGCGGGGUGGCAAUGCGCUGAUUGCCGCUGUUGCCAAGUUUGCAGAUUAAAAGAAAUGGACCAUACUAAAAUAAUGCUCUGUGAAAAAUGUGAUAAGGCAUACCACCCCACUUGCCAACGUCCCAUUGUUACCUCCAUACCAAAAUUGGGGUGGAAGUGCAAGUACUGCCGAAUAUGUACGGACUGUGGUUCUCGGACUCCAGGCGCUGGACAUUCCUCAAGGUGGCAUGCUCAUUACACGGUCUGUGACUCGUGUUAUCAACAAAGAAAUAAGGGGUACUAUUGUCCAAUAUGCAAAAGAGCAUAUAGAGCAGCUGCAGUCCGUGAGAUGGUGCAGUGUACCAUUUGUCGGAAAGCUGUGCAUAGUUCCUGUGAUGCUGAAGCAGACCUGCCCACCUAUCAUCAACGCAGAAGGGCUGAACCGACCUAUGAGUAUGUCUGUACUAAAUGCAAAGAUUUGACAAACAAAUUAAAGCGAAAAAAUAGUAUUGAAGAUGGAGACUCAAGUCUUAGUGCAUCUCAAGAAUCACUCAUGUCUGAUGAAUUUUUUGGAGAAUUAGACAUGUCAUCAGAUAAGGUGGCACUAUUUGACUCUGAAGUUGGUGUAGCUGGAAUUGGCCUGGGGAAAGGCAAGCCUUUCUGUGCCGGAAAAAUUCCAAAGAAGAAAUUGGGCUUAUCUAACAGUCUUUUGAUGAGUCUUCAAUCUUAUAGUGCAAGGAAUGUUGGAAUGUCAGGCCGAAAGGGAGGUAUAGCUGGUCCUUAUCAAAAGAAACACCAGAAAAAUCCGGAAUUUGGGCGCAAGCGUGGGGCCAAAUCAAAGAUGAGAGGAGUAUUUGGCGUGCCCGGUCUCGGUCUACAGAGACCCCAAGUUGAUGCUACUCAAUCCAAGAAAGAUGAUGAUCAUGAGGACGAGAACAGACUUGUGUUGGUUUCUGCUAAGGAUAAAUUUGUCUUGUAUCAAGAUGUAUGUGUCAUGUGUGGAGCAUUGGGUCAGGACCAAGAAGGUUGUUUGAUAGCGUGUGCCCAGUGUGGCCAGUGCUACCACCCCUACUGUGCCAAUGUCAAGAUCACCAAAGUAAUUCUUCAAAAAGGGUGGCGCUGCUUGGACUGUACAGUUUGUGAAGGCUGUGGGCAAAGGCAUGACGAGUCUCGACUUAUUCUAUGCGAUGACUGCGACAUCUCUUACCACAUUUACUGUAUGGACCCACCUUUGGAUUAUGUGCCACAUGGCAACUGGAAGUGCAAAUGGUGUGUUCAAUGCCAUACUUGUGGAGCAAAUGAGCCUGGCCCUAACUGUCAUUGGCUCAAAGGUUUCACAGAGUGUGGUCCUUGCUCUUCACGAACCAUUUGCCCUGUAUGUCAGGAUAGUUAUGGUGAGGGUGAGCUCAUUAUCAAAUGUGUCCGCUGUGAACGGUGGUUGCAUUGUAUGUGUGACCGUAUUCGUUCUGAAGCCGAUGCAGAAAAGUGUGCUGAGGAAGGUUACAAUUGUGUUCUCUGCCGUCCACACCACGUUCCCCCUCCUCAUCUCAUUCUACCACCUGCUAUGAUUAAGCCCAAACCCAAACCCUUGCCACUGCCAGGACCUAUCAGAAUGCCUUCUCCUCCGCGAAGUCCAGAUCAUUUGCAUAGAAGAAGGCAGGAAUUCCAGAAAGAUGGUGUUAUCUUGUCAGAAUCAGGCCUUUUACUCAUCAAGUCACUUGAAAUUGAGAAAGAAAAGCGACAAAUGAAUGAUCCAAAGAAAAAGCGUUUUAACCGCAAAAUGCUUGCUCAAAUGGAGCCUGUUGUCCUACCAUCUAAAACUGAUGGAGAUGGAUUAGAUCUGGAUGGUAGCAAAGAUCAAGGAGAUGGGGAUGGAGAUGAUGACGAGGAACCAUUUUAUCGUGAUGGAAUGAUUGUUGCACCAAAAGAAGAUGGAUCUCCUCCUGAACCACCCGAAGGCUUCACUAUUCACACUUCAAAAACUGGCAAUCUAGUCUUACGCCGUAUCAGAGUUCGGAACCUGAAAAAUCUUGGAAUUGGUGGUUUCAAUGCACGGUUACGGAAUAACAGGUAUCGUGAGGAGAAUGAUGACGCUCUGGAAACCUGCAAUGCUUUUGGGCGUCUCGAUGAUAGUGUGGUGCCUGUAUCAUGUGAUGACAAGCCUGCUAAACGUAAACCCAUGCGUAGGAAGAUAAAAUCCAAACUAGUAGAAAAUUAUCCAUCUUACCUUCAAGAGGCCUUUUUUGGCAAAGAACUUCUUGAAACAAGUAAAGAUCAGGCAAGUAGCAGUAGUGCAAGUGAUUCAGAGGAGUCAGACAGAUUGAAGGUUGUUACACCUGAUAAAACAAUCACCUUAUCACAAGAUGAAAUUAAAGCAAUUGAAGAAGUUAAGGCAAGGAAAGCAGCUGAGAAGGCUGAGGAGGCUAAAAAGGCUCUCAAAGCAGAGAAAGCAGAGCAGGCUGAACGUAUCAAAGUAGAGUCAGCCAUUGCCUUGAAGUCGCCCAUCAAGGAAGAAGAUGAUUCUUAUGAUGCGGAGGUACUCAAAGAUAUCCCAAAUGUACCACAUGAUCUGCUGGAUGCAGAUCUUGUUAACACUAUAAUGAAUGAAGAACCUGACAUGAAGACUGAGGAAAACUUAGAUGAUAUUGGUGGAGACACAGAACUAGAUGUUUCUAGUCAGGCACACAAGGAUGAAUUGGCUGAUAUUCUCAGCCCCAAUUUCAAUUUAGACUGUAUGGUUCCAGAUUCUGGGCUGCCUAACAUGGAUAGCAGAGAUGUUGAAGAGAUUUUCAAAGGUGUUCUCACUGAUGAAUCUCAAGAAUCUCAAGAAUGUAAUGUAUUCCCCAUGAAUUCUGUUCCUGGUCAAGUUUUAUCCACUCACAGUAAUGUUCCUGCUUCACCAUCACAACAUCCAGUUGUACCCCCUCAGCUGAACAUUGCCCGCACUCAGGCAGUACAGUCCAACAUUUCUUCACCUAUGAGUUUUCCACCACCUUCUCCCUACCAAUCAGAGUACAGCAAUAGUCCACAAUUCAGUCCAGCUUUCUCAGAGCCUCCACAUUCUCCAUGGAUCUCAUCUCAAAGUGGAGAUGUUGACAAUAGUUCGCUUGGAGGCCUCAGCAAUGAUGGUUCACAACCUGUGCCAGGUCAGGUGAAGAAUGCUCGCAGCGGCAACACCGAGCGAAUGGAAGCUGAUGAAGCUCUUGGAAAGAAUGCAACAAUUUCUGCUGUCUUGUAUGCAAAUAUUAAUCAUCCUGAAUGGAAAAAGGAUUACCCUGCUUGGGCUGACCGGUGCAGGAUGAUAGCUAAGAAAUGGAGGGUUUUACCAUCUGAACAGAAAUCUCCUUAUCUUCAGCAGGCUCGUGAAAACAGGACCAACCAGAAAUUGAAAAAAGGGCACCAGUCGGUGGGUGGCCUUGCUGGCCUUGCUGCAUCCUCGCCUGCCCCUGGCGCCUCACCCUGUGGGCCCGCAGUCCUGAAGCCAGUCCAAGGCACGGUCCAGGGCACGGUCCAAGGCACGGUGGGUGCCGUCAACUCGCCCUCCGCCUCAGCCCCGACCUCGCAGCCUGAGGACUCUGACAAGAUCAACCAGCAAAAGAACAGUAGAGAGGCAGAACAAGAGCGACAAUGGAAACAGCUACAAGCUUUAAGGCAGCAACAGCAGCAGCAGCAACAACACUUGCAGACCCAGCAGAGUCAAGCAUUGAAAUUAGGGAGACAUGUGAACCCAGAUGGAAGCAUUUCUCAAUAUCCCAUGGAACAAGGUGGACCGAAUCCAGGUGGCUUGGCUACCCAGCUGCAGGUGUCUACUGGGAAGCCCUUCAACACGGUGGUGAACGUGGCCAGCGCCGGCCCGCGCCCCGUCACAUACACGAGGACUGUGUCGGGGGAUCCGUACAUGCAGCCGCCAGGCACGCCGCGGCCCCAGCCACAGUACACCCCCGGCCCCGCCAUGGCACCCACCAUGGUCCCCGCCAGACCGGCCACACUUCCCUCGCCCUCGCCCGCCGUGGCCAUGGACCCCUACGCCAUGCCUCCGGGCACUCCGCGGCCUGCCCCAAUGUCGGGGCCCAUGUCUGGGCCACUGCCGGCGCAGCCAGUGCAGCCAGUGCCGCCCCAGGCGGACCCUUACCUCCAGCCGCCGUCCACACCGCGGCCCCAGCCACAGGUGGACGUGUUCGCCACCCCUCCGCCGACCCCCAGCCAGCCGGCCACCAUGGCCUCCCCCAUGGCCACCACGCCGAGCGCUCAGGGCACCCCGGCCACGCCGGGCACGCCUACGCCCAUGCCUGGUCAGGAGGGGAACCAGCAGCUGCGGGAUCUGUUGCAGAGAAACCAGUUCAAAAAGCUGGAGCCUGGUGGCGACGGCCAGCAGAGGAUAUGGGGUCCUGGCAUGAGGACGGAUCCAUCAGCCAAUACAGAGACGGAUACUUCAUCCCAGGCAUCACCUCAGCUCCCCAACCAGACUAUGGUAAUAUCUCAACCUCAGAUGCCUGGCUACGAAGCCCAACCUCCGCAGUCUCAGGCAUUGCCGCAACAAACUUUGCUACAGGGACAAAGUACCGAAUUUCGUCAGCCCUUGCCGCCUCCUAGACCUCGCUUCCCAACCAACAGUGUGGUUAUUCGGAGUCCCAACAAUGUUCAUGUGCAGCAGCUCCAACCGGGUGACGCUCGUCUGACGAGCUUGGAUCAUGCCAGAGCACGCCUCAUCAUCCAUCAAAGAACCCAAGCACAACCUCAGACUCCUGUGCAAACACAAAGUCAGCCUCAAGUGCAGGCUCAGGGACAGGGACAGAUGAUAGCAGUGGGACAACCAAUAACAUCUCAACAAAUGCCGACCGGCAUUGUUCAAUUUUCAUCUCAGCAGGUGCAGAGCGUCUCUACCCAAGGGUCAGCUCCUGCGCCAGCACCUGCCCCUCCAGCCUCUUCUCAACCAGCACAAGGCAAUAUGCACUCGAUGGCAGAUUCGCAAGAAAUACCUGACAGCGUCACCGCUGAGCUUGAAAAGCUGGAGCAGGAAGGUGGCGCCAUGGCUGAAGUUGAUAAUGUCACAGAUAUUCUCGGAGGUCUUGUGGAAGAUGAUGAUGAAUUGUUAGCUGAGAUGGGUGCUGACUUUAAUAUUCUUGAGUAUGCUGAUCCUGAACUUGGUGAUAUUGGUGAGAAGACGAAUAUUCUUGAUGAAAAUCUCGACUUAGAAGAACCAGAUGUGAAGAAAGAAGCAGCACAGCAGCCCAAGAAUGAUACUGGAGACAGCAGUUCUACAGAACACAGUAAUGAGGUCAACACAGCCUCUGUCUCUGUACAGGGGCAAUCCAACAGCUCUACACCAGGCUCUACACCACACCACUCUCAGACUGAUGUAAAUACUGUUCAAACUGUGGUGAGCUCUCAACAAGGAAAUGUUGUUGGUACGAAUACUGUUGGCUCUCUUGGAGGCCCCAUUGCAAGUGCUGGCAUUGUGCCUCAACAGCAGCCAAAUUCUGUUGCAAAUGAUGGGAAUGUCGCAGUCAGCUAUCAAAAUUCAUUCCAAGGUCAACCACCUCUUCUUCAGAGGCUUCAAAUGCCUGGUGGUCCUCAGCAAAGGAUACAGCAUUUGCAGCGAAUCGGAGGGCGUGUAGUUGUUGGACAAAACGGCCAAAUCCUGCAACCAGCAGGACCACCCGUCGGAGCUGUGUCCCGUGUUGGAUCCAACUUAGGACCACCUCCACCACCUCCGCCGCCACCGCCACCGUACCCUGGGCCGCCUCCGCCUUACCCAGGCUCCCUCCAGCAUAUGGCUCCCAUGGCUGGGGUGGUGUGCAUGGGGCCUAUGGGGCCCGACCCCGCCGGCACGGUUACGCUGCCCCAAAUGCGCCCAAUGGUGCCCCAAACGCCUCCGAUGGGGCCACCGGGUGGACCGCCUUUAGACCUCCCAGGUCCUGUACCUGGCCCAAUGGCCACGCACAUGCAACAUAGGCCUCUUUUACUUCAGGAUCAACCUCUUUUACUAGAGGACCUGUUGGAACAGGAGAAACGGGAGCAAGAGAAACAACAACAGCAGCAGCAACAACAGCAGCAACACCAGCAUCAGCAACAGACCGGACAAAUGGACGUGGGGACGUCGCAGGGACAGGGCCUCACCUCGCCCAUGCCGAUGCCCGGCAACAUGAUGAGUGAGCUGGAGCUGGAGCACCUUCAGUCCACUGUGCUCAGCUCGCCCGGACAGGCCGGGCCAGGGACGCCGGUGCCCGUGGCAGUGCCCGUCUCGGUGCCAGGGCCUCCCAAGCUGCAAAUGCCUGGCCAAGUCAUGAUGCAGCCCCAGCUAAGGCCACCCUACCCGCCUGGAGUUCGACCUGUUGCUCCCGUUCAAGGCCCGCCAAGUAACCCAGGCGUCGUCCAAGCUGGUGCUGUGGGCACGAUGGGUGCCAUGGGCCCCAUGGGAUCUGUCAAUGUUGGCAACAUGGCUCCUGGUCAGAUGGGACUCCAGCAACCUGUUCAGCAGCAGUGGGUGCCGAGGCCGCAGAUGGUGCGACCAUCCAUGACAGCGAAUAUGUCGCAAGAAUUGCGUGUGCCACUCUUUAAUGCACCUCGUGUUGCUCAACCACCCACACCGCCUGACAAUGUUAACUCCGAAGCGGAUAGGCAAGCUCAUAUGACUUAUGAGCACUGGAUGAACCAUGAAAAUCAAUAUCUGACUGACCAAUUGAAGUAUUAUGAAUCUGAAGUACACAAAUUGCGAAAAGCAAGAAAGUCACUCAUAAGUAAAAAGAGGGUAGCUUCAAAGAAUGGAAAUCCACUGCCUGAAAAUGAUGCUGCAGAACUUCAGCGUAUUACUGAGGAACAAAGUGGCUUGCAGAAGCACCUAGAUUCAGCUCGCAAGUCCAACCGGCAGCAUAAUGCAGUUAUGCAGGAGUAUCGCAAUAAGCAAAACAAAACUCAGCCUAUGGUGGGAGGACAGCAGCCUGCUCAAAUGGGCAUGAUGGGGCCUGGACCCCAACAAAGCCCUCUACGGCCACCACCAUCCUCACCUAUCCACACGCCGCAGUCACCGAUGCUGUCACCUUCUCCCUCACUGCAGCAGCAACAGCAGCACUCCCCUAUGCUCCAGCAGCAGCAGCAGCAGCAAAACUCACCACUAGUGCAACAACAACUCUCUCCCAUGGUGCAGCAGCAGCAGCUGUCUCCCAUGGUGCAGCAGCAGCCCUCGCCGUCACCUCAAGCCAUGCAGAGCCCCAGCCCAAUGAUAGGUGCCCAGAGCCCGGGUCCCAAUUCCAUGGGUGCCAUGGUGCAGCACUCGCCGGGCAACCCUGCGGGAAUGUCUCCUCACAGUCUGCAGCCGUCUCCUCGCAUUGGCACACCACACUCUCAGGAUGAUAGCCCAUUUAGUCCAGGUGGAGGCCACCCUACGCCUUCACCAAGCCAGCAGGUUUGUCCUCCACCUCCAUCGCCCAUUGGUCAUCGCUUGGCAUCACCUCAACAUAGGCCUCAGGUGCCAAUGCCCAGACAAAUGGCUGUCUAUGCAACCAACCCCCAGCAGUUCCAAUCUGAUCAAGUAGUGAGAUUGCCAACAAGGUUUGUGAGAGCACAAGGUCCUCCAAAUCAACCUGGACUUCAGACUGUACAAAGUGUUCAGAGAAUCCCAGGUUCUCCUCAAGUAAGCCAAGGACAGUUGAUACAACAACAAGUAAUUCAGCAGAAUCAACUAAUCAACCAAAAUCAAGGGCAACAAGGACAAAUUAUUCAAGGCCAGAUGAUUCAACAAGGACAAAUUGUACAUGGUCAGAUGGUUCAACAAGGCCAAAUGGUUCAACAGGGCCAGAUGGUUCAACAAGGCCAGAUGGUUCAACAAGGCCAGAUGGUCCAACAGGGUCAGAUGGUCCAACAGGGCCAGAUGGUCCAACAGAGCCAGAUGGUUCAACAAGGCCAAAUGGUACAACAAGGCCAAAUGGUACAACAAGGUCAAUUGGUUCAACAAGGUCAAAUGGUGCAACAAGGCCAAAUGGUUCAGCAAGGCCAAAUGGUUCAGCAAGGCCAAAUGGUUCAGCAAGGCCAAAUGGUUCAGCAAGGCCAAAUGGUCCAGCAAGGGCAAAUGGUCCAGCAAGGGCAAAUGGUCCAGCAAGGGCAAAUGAUUCAACAAGGACAAAUGAUUCAACAAGGCCAAAUGGUCCAACAAGGUCAGGUAGUGCAAGGCCAAGUCAUGCCCCAGGGCCAGAUGGUGCAGCAAGGUCAAGUUAUGCAGCAAGGCCAGGUCAUGUCCCAGGGCCAGAUGGUACAGCAAGGUCAAGUUGUCCAACAAGGGCAGGUACCACAGCAGGGCCAAGUUGUUCAGCAGGUGGUACAACAGGGACAGCCUAUGCAGCAAGGCCAAGUACUUCAGCGCCCUGGCGUCCCAACUCAGUUGACGACCGAGCAGAUUCAGCGAAUCAGGCAGCAGCAGCAGGUGACGCAGCAGCAGCUGGACCAAGUGCAGCUCCACCCGCAGCAGAUGGUGCGCCACGUGGUGCAGGGCCCGAAUGGACCCAUUCUGCAGAUCCAGCAGUUCGGCCAGCUGUCCCCUCAGCAGCAGCAGUUGAUGCGGCAGCAAGUCCUGGCGAGGCAGCAACAGCAGCUGAAGCUGCAACAGGCCCAGCAGGCUCAGCAGGCUCAGCAGCAGGGGCAGCCCGGCCAACCUGGCCAGCCUGGCCAGCCGGUGAGACUCAUGCCCACUCAACAACAGCAACAGCAACCACAAACCGCUCAGCAGCAGCAACAGCAGCUACUUCAAAGGCAGUUGAUGCAACAAAGGCAGCAGGCUUUACUCCAACAACAACAACAACAGCAGCAGGCUGGACAGCAGCCGGACCAAAACCAGGUGGAGGGUGUGCAGCAAAACGUACAACAGGGUGCACAGCAGACUCAACAACAGCUACUGCAGAGACAACAACAGCUGCAGUACGCCCAGCAGCGGCAAAUGAUGUUACAGCAGCAAAUCGCCCAACAACAACAGCAGAGACAGUUACUGCAGCAGCAAUCCCAACAAGGUGUGCAGCAGAUGCAGCAGCCCCCGAGCUCGCCGCUGCAGCAGCCUGACCGCAGCCCCUCUGUGCCGGCGGCGUCCCCCAUGGCGCCUAGUCCCAGUCCUCACCAGCUGCCCCCCAGCUCACCCAUGUCGCAGGGGCAGUUCGGUGCGCCGCAGCCACCGUCCCCGCACAUUCAGGCCGCGUCGCAAAGCCCCAGGCCGCCGCCCAGCCCCCACGUGUCCAUGGGCCACCCGGGCCACCCUCAGUCGCCGAUGCCGCCGCGCAGUCCCAUGGUGCAGUCCGCCGGGCCUCAGAACCCACUGGGAUCCCCUAUGGCUGUCAGGAGGCCUUCCAGCACCGGCGGCAGCAUGGCGAGCAGCCCUGCUUUGCCAGACCGUCCUCUGAGCGUUGAGAACCCCGCGACGCCGCGCACGCCUCAGGAACACAACGUCAUGGUGGAGCAGCAGCAACAGCAGCACCAAGUGAUGGCGGGGCCGCCUGGAGGCGGUGGUGGUGGCGGCAAUCCCAUGGCCCCGAUUCCCCUGCCUGCAGCGCUGUUCGACGCGUUCGGCAACAUUCGGCUUGGGUUGCGUGGAGGCUCCCCCAUGUUCAGCACGAGGCAACAGCAGAGCAAGGCAGAGGCAGAGAAGAAGCAGCCCGUGCUUGUCGGGUGCAGCAGCUCUGGAGUGAACCCUCGCCAUGCAUCCUUGGUGGCCUCAGACUACAACUAUUCAGAUGAUGAUCUCGCCUCCCCUGCCCGAUCACCCGACUCUGAGUCCAAGAAAUCUACUGGCUCCGAUGAGAAGUCGAUGGACAAACCAGAAUCCAACUUGUUGCGUACAUCCAGUGAAACUUCAAGUAUUCUUCCUUGUGUGACCCCAAAGAUGGAUUCCCUCUCAGCCAUCCCUAAAAUAGACUUUGAUCUACCAGAAAUCUUGUUGGAAGAUGAUGCUGCCGACUCACCUCCGCCCCCUCCAACUGAGACUAUAGAUUUGGCCGCUGAGGUGGCAAAGGUUGCCUCUGCAAGUAGCCUGGCUGAGGAUGAGGAUAGUUCAGAUGCAAGUGCCAUGAUGACUGAUAAUUUAACCGAAGAAGAAGUGAGCAUGAUUAUUGGCACUGCUAAUCCUGUGGAGAAACCUGUCAAUGAGGAUGCUACUUCUAAAGGAACUUCAGAGAUGCAGGAAGGCUUAAAAAGUGUAGAGGAGAAAAAUGCUGAUGCUCCUAGCAAUGUGCCCACAGACCCACAGUCAACUCCUGCAGAUAGUACAUCCAGCAUUGAUUUGACUCCGACGCAGACUGUAACAGCAGACCCUUCAGCAUCAAGUGACUUAGUUUUGACACCUGAAACUGUUGCUGUAAAUCAAGCUGUUGAAAAGGCCAAAAUCAAGACAGCUCAAACAUCAUCUGCAGACACACCAUCUGUCAGCAAGGGGAGCACACCCAGUAAAUCCCAAACAACCCCUGUUGUGGAGUCUUUAACAGCGUCCCGUGUUGGAGUUGCUCAGCGAGUCCAUCUUCCACAUGCUCCAGGUCUCGUACCAGUCAGCGUUAUCACAAAUUCCCCCAGAGUGCUGACACCUGUUUCUGGAGGAGUUGCAAGGCCUGGUGCUCCAAGAGUCGCAGGACCUAGACUGGUUACUGCUGUUAUGGGAACGCCCAGUGGAGACCUGUAUAAACUUACUCCAGCUGCGUUGUCAAGUUCAGUUGUACUGACUUCACCCCGCAAGAUAAAUGCUGAAGAAAUUCAGGGUUCUCCAUUAAAGACUUCUCAAGAUAUCCAAAGCCCAUCGAAGCAAAAAUCUCCAGCUCAUCUUUCAAAGCAAACGCCUGUGUUAAUAUUGCGCCCCAAUCCUGGUGUAAUGUCCCAGCAGACACCCAUUCAAGUAUUACAGAAAACUCCAAUGCACUUCCUUCAGCAGCCAGUUCCUGGUGGUCGUAUACCCAAACAAAUCUUGGUGCAGAUUCCUAAAUCUCAACAUGCAACUCAAGUGCACCUUGGAUCGAAGCAGUUGCCUGUCCUGGUUGCUCAGCAAGCUCAACCUGUUUCCGCAGCUGCCUCCUCUUCAUCAACAGCAACAUCUCAACCAUCCAGUUCACCCGUGGACCCAUCUAAUGCAUCGUCUCCUCCAACAGUUCAAAUGUCUGAACAGGACUCGAUCAAUUUGCUAGAGAAAACAACUGUGCAAAUUCUCCAGCCUACAGCUGCAAGCAAAAAGUAUGAAGCAUUACUGGAAGCUAUGGAGCGCAUUCAUGAAGGUACAGACAGUUCAAAUAUGCCUGACAGCCUAGAGCUACAAAGCCCCAUAGAUUUGGAGGUUGAGCAAGACAUGGCUUCUGCACUCUCUGCUCAAGCUGCCCAAGCUGCCCAAUCACUGCCUGUUGUACCAGCACCUCCGCAACCAGCUACAACAGUGAAGCCUGCCCAACCACCUCAGCCGUCAACACCAGAAGGCAAACGCACGUUAGACGCAAAUAAGCAUUCAAAUACCUCAAGCUCGGACUCUAAAACAAAUGUGCAGAGUGAACCUGUCUUUGAGGGCUUGGGCAAAACUUUACUGCAGGUGUCGUUGUCUCAGUCUGAACAAAAGUCACGAGUGAUUAUGCGUCAGGCUACAAGUGCAAGUUCUCAAUCUCCAUCAUCAUUUGUUAGUGGAUCCCCCAAAUUGGCUUCUCUCCUGGGCGCCAAUACAGAACCCGUUAAAUCGUCAGCCAAGAGGGAACUGUUACCAGAAUUAAAUGAAACCAAAGAUGAUGUUGAGAAGAAAACCGAUGACGGCACCAGUCAAAAUCCCAAUGAGAGAGACCAGUUGAUAUCCAUUUUGCAAGACUCUCCUGCUGCUCCAGAGCCUGCCAUUGCUCUAUCAUCCUCAGUUUCUAUUCCAUCUUUGGUCAGUGGGGCACUACCAUCAUCAGAGGCAGACAGUCCAGAAGCUUCAUCAUCAGAAGAGAAGUCUAUUGAUAAGCCUGUAUCUAUCAGUGGAAGGAGAUCAUCACAGGAUAUCACAAUAACCUCAGCCACUGAUUCGGACUCAACAUUAACUGCUAUGACACUUCCUCCUAAUAUUAGACAAAUCACUAGCACUAUUUACUCUCAAAGCUCUGCAGAGCGAAGGUCACCGAAUCGACCUCAAAGCCAACCUAGUCCUGCUGCUGCGAGCUUACAACCGUCCCAGUUAGCUAGAGCGAACGUGGAUACUCAUAGCUCAUCAGCACCCGGCAGCCCUGUUCGAGAGCAGCCAGAUCCCUCCAAGUUGCUUGUAAGUCAAAUUAAACCUGCAACUUGGAAUGGAGACAACAAAUCUGAACCUGAAUCAAAGCAGCCAGACCUCAUCCCCACCAUUCAGGGAAGCCCCAGUAAGAAAUCGUCAAGAUCUCUGAGCACGCCAGCCCUUCCUAGCAGUGAGGGCACCAACAGCUCUUCAACGUCUCAAAUAAAGCCCCUGUCUGUGACACAAAUGCCAAAGCUUGACAAUAAACCAAGCUUGCUUCAGGCUCAGCUUUUAUCAGGAAGUGUCAAGCCAAAGGAUGAAUCGCCAACAUUGCCUGUGGGCCCUCCUCCUCCUUAUCCUAAGGCUUUGAAAGAUGGAGUUCAGGCCAAGGAAGCUUCUCAAGAGAGCCUUUCUCUGUCAGAGGUUUCACCACAAGCUGCAGACGUCAAGCCUGAGCCAAUGGAUGUUGAUGAUGAAUCUGCUCAGUCGUCAUCCUCAACAAGUAUGGAUGUUGCUUCUCUGCUUCAGCCCAAAGAUGAAAAAGAUGAAUCCACCGGCUCCAAACUUCUUUCCCAGCCGGUCGAAUCUCAAAAUGUCCUGUUGAAACAACUACUUCAAAAUACAGCUUGUGCUGCUUCCCCUUCUCAACCAUCAAAAGAAAAUAUCCUCUCGUCAAGUUCAUCGGAGGUCCCAUCUCUGGAAGCUCAGCUUGCAAGGCCAGUGCCUCCGACGCCAUCGGCUCUCAUUCCACCUUUGCUGACCAAUGACGCUCCUCCAAGGCCCACUCCAUUAUCAGCAAGACCCAUUACACCUUCCAAGACGACAGUGGCACCGCAGAAUGCACUUCACACUGCCGCAAGUGCAGCCAGCUCUGUUCCGACAAGCAGUCCAGCUGUCUCUACAGUCAGCCAAACAGUGCAAAGCUCUGUUGGUUCCGGUUCCAUGUCUCUGGCAAUGCCAGCUGUGGUUCCUGUAUCUGCUUCAAGUCAAGCAACAUCAAGUUCCACUCCAUCCACUCCAAGUCUGUCAAGUAGCACAACUCAAGCCCAUACAUCCAGUGCUGCUGUUGUAUCAUCAACUUCUGUGGCACCUGUGUCAGUUGUGGCUUCUACUGCAUCUAGCGGUCCAUCUCAGUUGGUGUCCAUUGGGCAAGCAACUUCAUCAGUGCCUCCUGCUGUAACUUCUGUGGGGGCAGCUAUCACUGGAAGCGUGCUGGUACAAACAGUAACCACUACAAUGACUCCUGUUGAAGGUGAGACUCGCCCAGGAGCUGUCCCAGCCCAAAUGCCUGCUCAAGUGCGUCAACAGCCACCUGUUACUACCGUGGCGAACACGGUCGCAAGUGCUCCACCAGUUGUGCCUCAGGGAGUGCCUAUCCAAGGAGUUCCAACAUCUGUACCCCAAGUAGUGCCUCCUCAAGGAGUUCCAACAGCUGCACCCCAAGUAGUGCCUCUACAAGGAGUUCCAACAUCUGUACCGCAAGGAGUACCAACAUCCGAGCCGCAAGGAGUCCCUCAGGGAGUGCCAACAUCUGUACCUCAAGGAGUACCCACAUCUAUGCCGCAAGGAAUCUCUCAGGGAGUACCCACGUCUGUGCCACAAGGAGUCCCACAGGGAGUGCCAACGUCUGGGCCGCAAGCAGUCUCUCAGGGAGUACCAACGUCUGGGCCGCAAGCAGUCUCUCAGGGAGUGCCAACAUCAGUGCCGCAAGGAAUCUCUCAGGGAGUACCCACGUCUGCACCACAAGGAGUGCCAACGUCGGUGCCACAAGGAGUCUCUCAGGGAGUGCCAACAUCUGUGUCGCACGGAAUGCCACAAGGAGUGCCAACAUCUGUGUCCCACGGCGUGCCCCAGGGAAUGCCCUACGUUGUGCCGCAAGGAAUGCCACACAGAUUGCCACCCGGAGUACCUCAGGCAGUCUCUCAGGGCAUGCCUCAAGGAGUACCUCAAGGUCCGCCGACUUCAGUGUCGCAAGGAAUGCCUCAAGGAGUAGUAACAUCUGUGCCUCAAGGAGUGCCAGCAUCUGUGUCCCAAGGUGUUCCUCAAGGAAUGCCUCAAGGAGCCCCUCAAGGAAGCCAUCAAGGGAUGCCUCAAGGAGCACCCCAAGGAAUUCCUCCAGGAAUGCCUCAAGCAGUGCAGGCACGGCUAUUUCAGACCCAGCCUACCACUCAAACUCAAUCAGGAAUGGGUGCGCAGAGUGUGCAAGGUCAGCCGAGUUCAUCAGUGCAACUUCAAGGCACACCAAUGCCACCACCUGGACUCCACAUUUCUCCUGGAGUACAAGUGCAGCAAGGGCUGCCAGGCCAGCAGCGAGUGCAAAUGGUUCAUCCAGGAGUUACCAAAGUUGGGCCUCCACCUUCAUACAUGCAACAAGCAGUACCGAUUUCAGGUAUGCCUGGAGUUUCUCAAGCACCUACACACAUGGCACCAACCCAGGUUUUGAGUCGAACUGUGCACCCGGGUCAGGCACCAGGCACAAUGUCCCAAGGGCUCAUACCCUCUACUGUGAUUAAAAGGGAAGUUCCAUCCGAUUUUGAAUCACCUUCCACCUCUACUGCUCCUUCCCCUAUGGAUAUUGCAAGCCAGAAGGCAGCGCAAGAGCAAGCUGCUAUAGAAAUGAAAAAACUGAAACGCCGUCAGUACCAACAGAAAAGAAGACAAAGUCAGGGGAAGGAAUCUGGCACCUUGGCCAGAAAACGAUUGCGUCGUGUGGAUGAAGACUAUGAUAGUUGUAUGGAAUCCAUCAUGAUGCAGCUGAGGCAGCUCCCGCCAAUGACUCUUAGACAACCCCAGCGGUGCCCUGAUUAUGCUGUGUGCUGUGUGUAUGGAUCUGGCAACUUGACAAAAGUCACAACUGGGUGCAGGACAGGUGAUUUGCAGGGAGGAUUUGGUUGCUCAACUCUGAAGGGUGCUGAUGAUUUCUAUGCCACUCAACCAUAUGGUGACAACCCACCUGUACCUCAACCGUUUGUCCCAACAAAGGCUAACUUUUACCACCUUGACAUUGGUUUGUUAGACCUUGAAGACCCUGAUGACAAAAAGCAUUAUAUCCGUGACAAUGAUACACCUGACACUGUUAUAAGCUCAUCAUCUCCAGAAUGUGUCAUGCCAGAAAAGCCUCUCAGAUUCCCAGGGUUACGCCUGAUUGAUGAAGAUCUAUCAGAUGAAGAGGACCAAUGUCAUAAGAGAGCAUCACCAGUGAUCCCCAUCAUAGCACCAAUUCCAAUCAGACUAAAACCAGGAAGCAGAGAUACGCCUGAAUUGGAUAAAGAAAAUUUUGGCAUGGUACGGGACCCAUCACUAGGAAAAUCUCGCUUAGGAAGUUAUUCUCCUCUCAAGGAUUCGGCCAAUUUAUCUGUUACCAUAACUAUAAGCGAUACGUCCGCUGAAAACAUUUGUGGAGUAUUGAUUGACUUAGCUAAUGUUUUAAACAUAGCAGCACCAACAACUUACCAAAUCCUGGACCAUUCUAACACUUCUCCAUCAAAAUUGGGACUGUACCAAUCUAGAAGUAAAGACGGCAAAGAGAGUGCUCCCGUUGACAUCCAGUGUAUUCUUAAUGGGGCAGCCAAGUUUUGUUAUCAUUGUGAUGUUGUCAUUCUGAAUAAUGGAAUCCGCAGAAAAGCGUCUGAUAUUCGCCCAACUAAGACCAAUGAGUUGCCCUUCAGUAAUGCUGAAAAUGAGGAUGUCUAUUUUUGUGGCUCCACCUGUUACAUGCAAUUUGCUCUUAUGCACAGAUCGCCAAGUAUAUCACAAGAAAAGGCUGCUGCAUUAGUAGACCAUGUUAUUCAAGCUCCCAGUCCACCGAAGAGAAUGCGGCUUUCCACAGAUGAAGAGAGGGGAAGAGACCAGAUCAGUGCAGAAUCUGGAGAUGUUGAAAUGGAGGGUGAUGCAACAGGCUUGCCGGGUGAUGCAGCAGCAGAAAAGAAGGACCUUGUACCUGCGACCCCAGCUAAAUCAUGGAAGGGAAUCCGUUUCCGUGUUGUAGCACCCAAUCAAGUUCCCCCACCGAGACAGAAGUUCCGGAGACCAACUGAGAGAGAACUUACUGAAAUGCUGUUCCGCAUGGUCAUUACUGUUAUGCCUCAAAAGAUGCCUGAAGACACUCGGAAAUGUUUGUUCUGCCAUGCUGUUGGUGAUGGAGUGUCUGAUGGUCCAGCACGUCUUUUAAAUUUGGAUGUUGACAAAUGGGUCCACCUCAACUGUGCAUUAUGGUCUGAAGAAGUGUAUGAAACAGUGAAUGGAGCAUUAAUGAACAUUGAGCAAGCUUUACAACAGUCUCUCACUCUCACAUGUGUGCAUUGUCAGCGAACUGGAGCCACACUUCGAUGCUUUAAGACCAGAUGUGCAGCUGUUUAUCAUCUACAGUGUGCAGUGAAAGAUGAAUGUGUCUUCUAUAAAAAUAAAACUCUCUACUGCUCUGAGCAUGUUCCCAAAAAUGAUAAAGAAAAUGAGCUCACAACUCUAUCUGUAUUUAGAAGAGUCUAUAUAAACAGGGAUGAAAAUAGACAAGUAGCUACUGUUAUGCACCAUGCCGAUGAAAAUCACCUUAUGAGAGUAGGCAGUCUUAUUUUCCUCAAUGUUGGACAGUUGCUUCCACACCAAUUUCAAAAUUUCCAUAAUACCAAUUUCAUCUAUCCCAUUGGUUACAAAAUUAUUCGCUUUUAUUGGAGCAUGAGGGUUGCCAACAAGCGUUGCCGUUACAUAUGUUCCAUUCAUGAAGUGAAUGGCUCACCAGAAUUUAGAGUCCUGGUAUCUGAACAAUCUCAGGAAGAUCUUGAACUUCGUGAUACCACUGCCAAAGGUGUCUGGCAGCAGAUUCUUGAGCCUAUGCAAAAUUUGAGAAGAGAGAAUAGCAACAUCAAUAUUUUUCCAAAGUACAUAUCUGGAGAAGACCUUUUUGGUCUGACAGAACCAGCAAUUGUGAGAAUUUUGGAAAGUUUACCUGGAAUUGAAACAUUAACGGAUUACAAGUUUAAGUACGGACGUAACCCUCUCCUUGAACUUCCCUUGGCUGUGAAUCCAACUGGCUGUGCCCGAUCUGAACCGAAAAUCCGUGGACAGGUGACGUUUAAACGACCACACACACAGCGAACAGCAGGAGUCACAACGCGACCUGCACUAGUAUCUACUCCAACAUCAGCCGGGGAGGUUGCAUGUCCCUAUUCAAAACAGUUUGUACAUUCCAAGAGCAGCCAGUACAAGAAAAUGAAGCAAGAGUGGCGAAACAAUGUGUACUUGGCAAGAUCGAAAAUUGCUGGAUUGGGGUUGUAUGCUACAAGAGAUAUUGAACGCCAUACUAUGGUCAUUGAAUAUAUUGGUGAAAUUAUCAGAUCUGAAUUGUCAGAGACACGUGAAAAGAAAUAUCAAGAGAAGAAUCGUGGUAUCUACAUGUUUAGAUUGGACGAGGACAGAGUUGUUGAUGCUACACUUUGUGGUGGACUUGCUAGAUAUAUCAACCAUUCUUGUAACCCAAAUUGUGUGGCUGAAAUAGUGGAAGUGGACAGAGACCUGAGGAUCAUUAUCUUUGCCAAACGAAGAAUUCAAAGGGGAGAGGAGCUUGCCUAUGAUUACAAAUUUGACCUUGAGGAUGAUCAGCACAAGAUACCUUGUUUGUGUGGUGCACAAAACUGUAAGAAGUGGAUGAACUAAUAUUGUGACCUUUGGGCAGGACUGUUUCUGUAUAUAUUGUGUAGAGUGUAGAUUUGAAUUUAAGUGCAAUUCUCCUGUCAAAUGUUGGUUUUGGACAGCUUAAAACCUACCACAACAUUUUGUUCCUGAAUUACUUUUGACUCCAAAACCUUUUGCAUCUCCUUUGCUUUGAUAUUCACCCUGGACCAGAGAAUUGUUCACGAUUUUGAUGUUUUGGAUCUAUUUUUGUAACUUUGUAAAAUGUUCUAAUACUUAAGAGAGCUAUGGAUAUCAAAACUAGAUCUAAUGCCUCUUCUAAAUAGUACCAUGUUGAUUUCACUUAAAUUGCAUAUUUUCCACUUGCUUCAUUGACUCUGCUAGACAAGUGCAAUAGAUAUGUAACAAAUGUAGUGUGUUUGCAUGGAUAACGGGUCUGUGUAUAGUAUUCUUGAUUGAUAUGUCACUAAUGAGUUAAACUUUUUUUUUCACAUUACCUUAACAUCACUUCAAUGUAUUGUUUUCUUUUAUGAUUCUCCCUGUGUCUUUUAGCUGUUGGGACCACUGUAAGCUCUGUAAACAUUAAAAGUGUGUAGUGGAAUAUUUUCUUCAAGACCUGAGUAUGAGAAGAGGACCUAGUCCACCCUUGUUAGGUAGGCACAAGGGUGAAGGAGUGAAAAUGCUGACGGUGCUGUUGUUGUAAUUUGUGUUAUAAUUAUUUUUGCAUUGCUGCCUUGUGAUUGUGUCCUAAGCGUAUAUGUGCUUAAUUGCACUAGUUUUGUUCUGAUUUUGUUUCAAACAUGCAUUUAUUAUUAGUUAGUAGUAUUUUUAUAAAAGAAAAUAUCUAUUUGUAUGUUGAUUGCCUCCAAGUCAGAGCUACUGUUAAUAAAACGCCAUGUCUUUUGUCUGUGAGAUAUGUAACAAAUUUUGAUCAAUUCCUUGUUUUACUUUUAAGUUAAAUCAUGUAACUGUCGAAUUGUUUGAAAAUAAAUAAAUCAGUCAGAUGUUAUUGUAGAUUGGGCUUGUGUGAAUAACAUUUUAAGGAAGCCAUAUUUUAUUGUACAUGCAUUACAAAAACUAUAUAUAUUUUCCCUGUGGGAACCUUACUGUUCCAUCUAUGUACAAAUUUCUAUAUGUGAGGCAGAAUUUCCGCAGUUAAUGUAUGUAUGUAUUAGUAGUAGCUUGAUAGUCAUUGUAAAGUUAGUGUACAUUGAAUCAGAAUCUUUUGUAAAAAUUAUUAUGUAGGUUAGCUUUUCAUUGUAUCUUAGGUUGUCAUUGUGAAUACACUGGUCUCUUAAUGAAGUAGUUGAUUGAUUUCUUUAGAUUAUACUUUCAUGUACCUUCAUGUACCUUAUCAAGCAUCAGAUUUGCCUGUUUAAAGAUUUAUCAGAGGACAUUGUGCAAACAUAUGCACACCGAUGCUCUAUGUUCAAUCUAAGAUUUUCUCACACUGGAAAAUUUAAUGAAUUUUUAUUGACAUAAGGAAUUUUUCUGAGUUGUGAUAGUUUACUCAGCUUUUAUGUGUCGACUGUAAGGAAUCCCAUAAUAAGGAAUGAUUUACUUAUUUGUUUGACUUGUAGCUUUAGCUACAGGAUAUGUGUGUGAGCAACAUUUUUUUAUUUGUUAUUUAGGCUCAAUUUUAAAAAUUGUUCUUGCAAGUGGUUUGUUUUGCAUAUGUUUUGUGCUUUAUUUAUGUUCUAUAUCUGCUAAUGUGUGUCUAUUCAAUGCAGUGUUGUCACAAAAAUAAAGCAGAAAUCAUUACAUUUA